AGAAGCACAGGGAGGCAGACACCGACACCUUUGCAGUAACACUGAGAGCGAGAGGGGGAGACAGUCGGCUCUCAAUGGGCAGGUCUCUGUGAAGCUACCUGUUGGAGCUCAUUGCGGGAGACUGCCGUGCCGGACCCACGCUGAUCGUGGAUCUGCGGGAAACCCAAUGCACUUGCGAGGCAUGAACAGCCCAAAUAUGUCUCCCAGACUAUUGCUGUGCGCUGUUUUGGCUUUGUACCACGGGACGCAAACCUGCAGUGGAUUUAACAUAGAUGAACGGUUUCCUGUGAUCAAAGAGGGGAAAACCAAAGGGAGCUUCUUUGGAUUCUCCGUAGCUCUGCAUCUACAGGGCUCCCGAAAGUACCUGCUUCUUGCAGGAGCACCCAAAGAGAAAGCCAAUUCUCUACCAAAUGUCAAUGAAACAGGUGCUGUCUACUCCUGCCCCAUUACAACAGACACCAAUGACUGCUCCAGAAUGGACCUGGUCAGCACAACAGAUCCAUCGGAGAUGGUGGAGGGCAUGUGGCUGGGUGUGACAGUGGCCAGUCAGAGGGACCUGCCGGAUGGACGCGUGCUGGCAUGUGGGCAUCGCUAUGUGAAGGUCAUCCGUGGUGGCUUGGAGGAGCAGCGACGGAUGACAGGAAAGUGCUUUGUCAGGAGCAACGACCUGACCUAUGAUCCAGAUGAUGAAUGGCAAAAAAACCCGUAUGAGUUCUGCAACCCCGGCUUUGGCAUCGAGCUUGAGGGCAUGUGCAGCAUGGGAAUUUCAGGCGGCAUGACAGACACUGACGUCUACAUCGGCGCUACAGGCAGCUUCUUGUGGCAAGGAAAUGUUCAUCUGAGGUGGAGAGAUCCAGAUCCAUUGAAUACCUGGGACUCUACAGACAAAGACUUUGAUCAGCUGAAAAGAAGAUACAAUUAUAUUGGUUACUCAGUUCUUGAGGAGAAGAAGCUGCUGAGCCGUGAUGAACACACAGUGGUGGCAGGGUCUCCCAGGGACGAAUCUAAGGGCUCUGUGACGUUUGGGAGAAAGACUGACAGAAAGCCAGGCCUCGAGCCCGUGCUCAUCAUCCCUGGGGAACAAGUGGGGUCCUACUUCGGGGGCAGCCUGGCUGCCACCGACCUCAACAAUGACGACUGGAAUGACCUGAUUGUCGGAGCCCCAUUCUACUUUGACCGUAUGAAGGAUCAGGGAGGAGCAGUGUAUAUCUUUAUGAAUGAGAAUGGAUCGUUCCAAAAGACCGCCACAGUUGUCCUGAAGGGUCCGUCUGGCUCUGCAUUCGGGAUAGCAGUGGCUGCCAUUGGUGAUGUCAACCAAGACGGAUUCCAAGACUUUGCAGUUGGAGCUCCUUUCCACGACACAGGGAAGGUUUACAUAUGGAUGGGAAGUAAAAAGGGAAUCUCACAAGAGCCCAGUCAGGUUAUUGAGGGUAAGUCAGUGGGAGGUGGAGGAUUCCACACCUUUGGCUAUUCCAUCACUGGAGGGGUGGACAUGGAUGACAACAGUUACCCGGACAUCUUAGUUGGCUCUCUGGACGACCGCAUGGCCCUGCUCAGGGCUCGACCAGUUCUUCACUUGACUACAAACUUCACAGUAAAGCCAGAUAUUGUAGACUCCAAUCAGUGUGUUUCAGAUAAACCAUGCAUUACAGCGACUCUGUGUAUGUCUUUUACUCCAAGCAAUGGAAACAAAGACUUUAAGAAAAAUGCCACUGUGAAUUACACUGUGGAGGCUGACGUGAUGAGAAUAAGAAGCCCUCGUGUUCGUUUUAUGGACAAUAGUGAUGACACAUAUAGCGGCCUCCUGAGCCUGCCAUCCUCUAAAACCAAGUGUCAUACUCUGGAACUGUUUGUAGUGACGCCUGUGAGGGACAAACUGGAGCCGGUGGUCUUUAACCUCACUAUGUCCUUACAUGAACAAAAACCUAAAUCCAGACGUUCCCUGCAGAACCUGGACUCCUUCCCAAUUGUCAGCCAGAAGCAGAAACUGACUGACAAAACUGAGAUUCAGUUUCAGAAGGAGUGUGGCACAGACAACAAAUGUAGCAGCAACCUGCAGCUGAAAGCCCAGUUUGUUGACAGAGAGGAAAAGCCUUACCCCAGGCAGGGCAAAUCCCAGAUACUUCAGUUCAACAGCAAUAUGAAGAUAAUAAGGCUGAUGGUGGAAGUGACCAAUUUUCCCAUGGGAGGAAAGCUGGCUGAAGACGCCCACCAGGCUGUGCUCAACGUUACCAUUCCUGAUGCACUGAGCUACUCCGGUGUCAGGUCUACGGACCACGACGUGCAAUGCACCUUAAAUGAUACAGUGAUUUGUGAUUUGGGGAAUCCACUUAAAGGCAAUGAAAAGGUGUCACUAACCCUCAAGUUUGAGACAUCAGGAAUCAAUUUGAACACAGAGGAGAUUGAGUCCCAGCUGCUUCUGUCCACUCUCAGUGAGCAGAGUGACCUGAAGCCUGUGCCCGUGUCCCUGCUGAUUGAAAACACCAUCCUCCCCUCCUUCUCCAUAGUGAACUCGCUGGUGAAAACAGAAUUUGGUGGGACGGUGAUGGGAGAGUCAGCCAUGGUCAACACCAGUGACGUUGGCAGUCUGGUUGAGUUCACCUUCAAUGUGAACAUGAGAGGACAGCCCCUGGGAGACAUGGGGACCCUUGCUGUGGAGUUUGAGUGGCCCUUUGAAGUAGCCAACGGCAAGUGGCUGCUGUACCUGACGAAGAUUGUGGUUAAAGGGGAAUCAGAGACAGAAUGUAACCCUCCUGGAGGAGUUGUCAACCAGCGUAACCUAACUUUGUCAGGGAGCGAACAUAAGCGUACUAAACGACAGAUUGUGGUGGAUGAUGCUGAUGAUACAGCGAAGCCACAGGCAGCCAUCACGCUGCUCAAUCCCCGCAAGGAGACCUACCUGUUGGAGUGCUCCAAGGGGACAGCACGAUGCGUGACGUUCACCUGUCCGCUGCUCAACAUGACAAGCUCAGCCAAGAUUUACGUCCGGUCCCGUUUGUGGAACAGUACGAUGCUAGAGGACUAUCCCAAUGCUCUGAGAAUUACAGUCAAAGGUCAAGCCACACUGAAGCUCAUUAAAGAGAAAUCAACCAUCAAAAUGGAUGAACAGCUCAACAUGUUCACAGUAGAAAUAGAGCCAGUGGAACGGGUAGAGGCACCAUAUGAGCUCCCGCUGUGGAUCAUCAUCUCUGCAGCUGUAGCAGGAAUUCUCCUGCUGGGAAUAAUCAUUCUUAUACUAUGGAAGUGUGGCUUCUUCCAGCGGGCCAACAGGAGAGAGAUGUAUGAGGCCAAAGCCCAGAAGGCUGAGAUGAAGAUUCAGCCCUCUGAGACAGAGAGGCUGACUGAGGACUACUGAGGGCCCCAUGGGUCCCCCAACUGCACACACCAGUAGAGCUUUUGGCUUGGAUUCUUCAAGCGAGCUGUCUACUACCGGAUAAUGCCAAAGCACCAGGGGGUGAAAAUUCGCAAGGCUGAGCGCUAUCAGUUCAAUCUGGGAUUUCAGCCUGAGGAGCCGCAGAAAAAGUUUUGGAUCACCAACUGGACAGAGAUGCAGCAUUACUACUACUGAGGCCUUUAGUUUGGGCCCUGAACCACUCACUGUCCCACUGGUUUGACUCGGACCAAAGAACAAUGGGCUCGCUCAAGCCACAUGGACUUUACAUUGCAUGGACCGACUUUGGAUAGUGCAUCCCGUUUUUUUUUUUUUUUUUUUUUAAAUUUAAGAAGAUUUCAUCAACUUUUUCAGUGCAAUAUACUGAACAAUUUGUUUCAGAGAUUCUUAUUCAUUAAGUAUUUUUAUGAAUGCAGUAUUGGAAUCGGGUUUGCAUUCAAGAGUAAGUUGUAAAUUGUUUUGAUUAUGAUGUUUGCAUGUAAGUUUCCAUUUUUUGUUCUUUCUGAAUGCUCCAUGCAAAGUUGCUGGUCAUUCAUCAUGUUUAUUUCCACCAUGUGAGUGGAGUGAGUCCAUUGAUCUUCUCUGUGAUUUUGUUUGUCUAUCCUGCUCUGUCCCCAGGCAUCAUUUUGUGGUCAGCUGCUGUAGGCUGUUUAAGUGUUUAAAACCUACAUCAGUCAAUCAGAUUGUUUUUCGAACUGCACUUAGAAUAUGUUGACCAGCAUCCGAUUUGUAAUGAGCAUGAAUGUCAGUGUUUGGCAAGCAUUACGUUGACAAGCAUCUCAAAUGCAGUUAUGGUUGCAACACUGACCUCUAAAAAGUACAAAAAAUGUGUUUUACCGGCUACGUAGACAAAAUAUUUCCUUGCAUUCAAGGAAUUAAUGCAGAAAGGUACAUGAAAAAAAGUGACAUUCAUUUCUGAAUAAUAGAUUUUUAUAGAUUAACAAUAGAUUUUAUAGCUUGACACAUUUCACUUUGCCCACAUUAAAUUCCACAUUUAGUCAUCCAGACACUCCAGCAACAAACUUCUUUUCUGUAUGUAGUCUUAAACAACAUGUGUUGAUGAGAUAAUGGGAGCUCACUAGAUUGCUAUUUAUUACACUGUCUUGCGUAAAUACAGCAAAUAACGUAUCGGUAAGAAUAUCACAAACAGGGAGUCAUGACACUGGAGUAAAUAAUACGCGAUAUACUGUAUGUACGAAGACUGUAAACCUAAGCAUAGAUAGUUAUGUUAUGAAUUGUACGUCGUGGCAAGUUACAGUGAAUGAAUGAAUGCAAUUGGCUUUUGUCUUUACUCUGUCCCCAAGAUUUGUAUUUUUGUAUGAGACAGUUAAUUGACACUUGGAUUGUUUCCAAGUCAUUGUGGCCCUCAUUGAGGUCAACCUGCAGCACUGAACACAGACUGUACCAGGAGAAGACUGUCACUGAACAGUCCCUGAUGGGGUGUUGUGUUACCACUCCAGUACAUGUUACCUGAGAGCCCAACAGGUUGUGACUGUGACAGAGGCUCUUUUGGCUCUGCAAGUAAAGAGGGAAGGGCUGAAACCAAUGCACAAACGUUUUCUGGCAUGGCAUUGUUUUUUUGUCUUAAUGUAAUUAAAUUGCUUGGUUUUUUUUUUUGCA